AUGGUCUACAUCACCUCUGACCUUUUCGGUCCGAACACACUACACGAGCGACAAUACGACGACUCGCCAAAUUACUGGCAUGCCAUGGCUCACCAACAACAUGCCGCCGGCUUGGGCAAGAGAAAGAGGAUGGCCGCCGAUGAUGGACCACAACAAAACAUAACACGCCAACAUCGGCCGUCACCCAGUCGCGACUCCAACCGUCUACAUCUCCACAGUACCCCGCCUUUCGACAGCAACAGCAACUUACCCUGCUCCCUCUUCCCAUCAAAACAACACGAAUACACAUCAGAACGACGGCCGGUUAAGCAGUUGAAACGCCUCAGUCCAAAAGCGCCCCUUGUCAAGUCGACAUCACAUCUGAUGGACGUUGACUUUGAUCUUCCGCCGACAUGCCAAAGCCAAUCACACGCCGUUUCCGACUUGCGAUCCUGUCACGCCUGCAACAAGGCGCCUAAGCGACGAAAGGACUUGGAGAAUUACCUCGACUGCAGGAGGUGCGAAGGGCGGACGUGCUUUAUCUGUGCGAGGCAAUGUGUAGGGUGCAGCAAGGCCAUCUGCAAGAAGUGCAUAGUAGAGGUUGGAGAAGAGGGGGAUGCUUGGUGUUUGGACUGUUACUCGCGUAAUAUCAAUUCGUGA